AAUAAAACUAAAAAUAAUACUAAACACUAAGCUCUCUGAAGGAUAAUUUUUAAAAGCAGUAAUAAAAUCUAUACAUUUUAAAUCGUUUUGAUUUUUAAUGUAAAGAAAUGAGUGAGGAUGCAAACAUCACCGAAUUUAUGCGAAAUCUAUUAUAUGAAUAUAAGCAAAUCAGAGGUAAGUGAAGUCAAAGUGUAAGUGUAAGUCAAAACAAGUCUUUUAGCUUACAAACAAAGCAUAAUAAAAACUAAUUUACUUGCCUGUAACUUUAAAAAAAAAAACAAAAAAAAACUAGAUUACUAGUUUAGGCCUUAUUUAAGAUUAAUUAGAUCACAAAUCAUAUUCUAUUACUGUGUGAAUGGGUGAUUAAUAACAUAAUUGUCAUAAUUAAAUGAAUCAGUUUUUUUGUUGUCCUUACAUUUAAAACCAAGGAAAAUACAAGAAAAAUUGUUGGAAAACUAACACAUGUUCAAUUUAUUAUUUAUAUUAUUACUGUUCAGUAAAAUGUUUUAAUGUUGUUCCAUUACUUAACUAACUCUUAGUCUUAGACUUGGGUAAAUUUUAAUUAGUUUAGAGAUUUUUAAUUUUAAAAUGCUCCAAUGUUAGGCUUAUACUUAUAUCACUCGUCAAUGACAAAAUUGUUAACCCUUGGAGAUGGAGCCUUUAUAGGGCUGUCUGUGCCAAAAAGACGGAGCACUUUUUACAAACUCGGCACUCACAUUGCAAUAAAAUGUAUACAAAAAUAAACUAUUGAUUUUACAUUUAUAAAAAAAUUGAAUAAACACGUAAAUGAUGUCAUGGGAUGAUCACUAAGAAUAUGUAUAUUCUUGUAUAAAAUUGAAUAAGCUAGUACAAUAUUUAUAAAUCAAACUUAAAUUUCAACAUUUAUGCAAAUGGUCUGUCCUGAUUUGCAUAAUUUAUGCAUACAAUUUUUGGCUAAACUAAGAAUAAACAUGACUUACCGGUGUAAAUUGUGUGAAUUUUUUGAUGGAUGAAGCAUGAAUAGAUCCUAACACACAUGUUUUGGGAAAUGAGGCCCAUUGAGGCCCUUCAGACACCCCUGGCAUAGAGUUCUACUCCUUUUCCUGCCCUCUGGGUACUUUUCGUUUGCUACAGAUAAAGUAGUCAUUUUCACCACUGUGCACCCAAUUAUGGUUUAUUUGAGCUGGGUGUUACUGAGAAAGUUUUCUGCAUACUUUUAGGUAAUUAUUAUUCUCUCUCAUAAAUAUUUUAAUGAUAUUUUGUAUAAAAUUAGCAUAAAGUACUCAACUGGAGUGCUUAUCCCAUGAGGCAUAUUUAUAGGCUCUAUUUUUUCUAAAAAUUCAUAGAGGUCUAUACAAUUCAGAAACCCUAAUCCUAAACCAAGGAUUCACAACAUUAUAGUAAACAUAAUCAUUUUGAUUGUCUUCGUUACAUUCCUGGUUGUUUUCAUCAGUGUCAGAUUCACUGCUAGACAGUGAGAAAUCAGAACCACUAAGCACAAUUUGAUCAGAGUCGCUGUUAGACAUGUUUGAAUUUCACGAUAUAACUAUAAACACAAAAAAAGUUCCUGCACACAAAUAAAUUUAGUUGACCAUCAACGAACGCCACCAUUACAAUGCCGGGAUGUGCAGGAAUACGUAAGAAUAAUUUUGAUUCGCUGGUACAACACCAAGCCAGCCAAUCGUGAGGCUCGAUUUAUCGGGCCAAUGGUUCGGACUUUUGUCUUUCUCGCUAGUCAACCUUGGGCCGAUAGAUCAGCCCUUACGUCGCCAGGGGGUUAAUUUAUGAUUCUACUGACUACUGUUGCAGACUGUAGUUAGUUACUAGACUAGGGUAAAAAAGCAUUUUAGUAAAUGUAUUUAUUCAUUAUAAAUGCAUAAUACUGAACAUACAUACUAAGAGGCAAAAGGGGCCAUCAAUGAACGAUUUCACACUAUUUUGACAAAAAUUUUUACACACCCCCACCACUACAAAAAGUAAAUCGACAUAAAUUAUCAAAGAAUAAAAGAAAUUUGGACACAAACGACUUGUCACUCAUCAAUUCAAAUAAUAAUUUUGAAAUGUAAAUAUUAAGGCAGUUGAAAUAGUUAUAUUAUAUUUAUGGAAUAAAAUCAUCUUCAUAUUAUCAAGAUCUUCUAUUCUACAAGAUAAUACAACAGUUACAUUCCACAUGAGUUCUCUAAGAAUAGUUACAAUCACAUGCACAAUAAUCCUAAAGAAUUCGCCACCUUAUUAAAAUAAAUUUGAAGGUGUUUUCGGAAGAAUAAUUCCUAGUAUUAGCACUGCCUUCAAACUAAUAUUUACGACUAUCCUAGUGUCUGUCCAACUGUUUUAUGAUUUCUAUAUCAUACGAUGAAUCAUAUUGAAUAUAUUGUAUAUUAUUUAUUUGUUAUUACCACAAAUAAGUAUAUAUUGUUACCGGUUUUAGUAACGUAUAGUGUAUAAAAAGCAAUAGCGAUUUGAUGAAUCCCCAGAGAAACACAUAUAUACUCAGAUUAAUAUUGACGAGAUUGACAUUGGUAGAGUAUGGAAGUUCAGUGUAAAAUGGCAUAUGUAGAUGUUGGUGGGAUACAAGUUUCAGAAAAUUCUCAGAAAUAACAUUACACCUAAAAUUUAGUUCUUUCAACUAUAUUUGGUGUGCUAAAAUGAAAUAAUAAAAAAUGGGAAAUUGAUCUAUUUCUUUUCUUUCUUUUCAAAGGAAAAAAUAAAAACAUUUUAGGCAAACCCUUUUGGGAUUUGGUUGUCAUAACAACAGCAGAUGAAGCUCAGAAAGAGGCCUUUGAACUUCAAAUUGAUGAGAAGAGGUCAAGACAGGAACUACCUCUUGAUCUUCCUAUUCAUGUUGUUUCUGAUCCACCCGGUGUUAGAAUAGGUAAAUAAUAUUUUAAAAUUUGAAAUGCUUGGUCUUAAUUAAUAAAAUUAAUUAGGGACAUCUAAUUUUCAAUUAAUCUGCUUUGCCCGUGUUAUUAAUUAUGAAAUAUUUUUCAAAUAUUGAUUUAGGUAAUGGUGGCUCAACUCUUGUGGCUUUGGAAUAUCUUGACAAAAUCUACUGUGCCGAGAUGUACGCAAAAAAAAUAUUACUGAUACAUGCCGGGGGUUGGAGUCAAAGAAUGCCAAGCUCAUCAGUGUUAGGGAAAGUGUUUUCUCUCCUGCCUCAUGGAAAUCCCCCAUACCAAAUGUUGGAUCUGAAGUUGGCACUUUACUGGCCGUUAGUGGACAAAAUUGAACCUGGGGUAUUUUUAGCUUGUGCAGAUGAUUUUCUGGUCUAUAGUUUUGGAUCUAAUAAAGAUUGGAAAAUACCAAGUAAAGGCUUCACUGCCCUGGCACAUCCUUCGCCAAUUAAAGUAGGCCAGUCUCACGGCGUGUUUGUAGUCAAAGACGAAGUUGAUAAGACCCAUCCAGUAGACGUCAGGGAAUGUUUACAGGCUCUUCAAAAGUACACUGUUGAGAAGAUGAUCUCUCAUGGAGCACUGAUCAACGGAACACCACACAUUUUCGCUGGUGGGAUUGCUAUAGAAGGGGAAGCAGUUUAUACUGACAGCUCUUUCUACUUUGGAACAGAUGUCAUGAAGAAGCUUCUUGGAUUUAAAAAGUCUGUGGGUGAUAUUGGCUGUGAAAUUGAUGCCUAUGGAGAUUUCCUCCAGUCUGUAGGAUCACAUGCAGAUCGUAGCUACAUCCAGCAGACGUCAAAUAUAAGUCAGCUGACUUCCAACCUUCAAGAGAUGAGGAAAGGGGUCUUUGACUCAUUGAAUGGAUCAGAAUUUCAUGUUCUAAUCCUCAAUGCUUCUGCUUUCAUUCACAUCGGCACGACAGCAGAAUUUUUAUACCAUUUCUGCAUGGACAGUGUAUUCCAAGAUAGAAUGGCAUUUGAAAAGAAUGUAUUUAAUGGAUGGACAAACUUUAAUCAUUCCGCUCAACCUUCAAAUAGCAGCAGCAGUAAUAUAGCUCAAACAUCUUGCAUAAUGCAUUCUCUUAUUAACAGCCAGUCAGCCAUUGAUGAGAAAUGUGUGAUAGAGUAUUGUGAUUUUGAGGUGCCAGUCCAGGUUUCUUCUGGUUGUAUACUCAGCAACUGUCAACUCACCAAAUCAGAAUCUACCCUAAGUAAGAGUAGUCAAGUUAUUCCAAGUCAUUCCUUCCUUCACACGGUUCCUAUUUUUGAUAAUGGUGCCGUGAAAUUUGUCACAAUUUUUUUCAAUAUACGUGAUGACCUAAAGAAAUCUACCACCUUUGAAGAGCUAGAGAAUUUGCCUUUUAUGGAUUCAGACAUUGGUCAAUUUUUACUUGCUCAAGGUCUAACAAAGAUGGAUAUCAUUCCAAGAAAGCAAAAUUAUUUAUUUGGCUCUCAAAAGAGUCAAAGCUGCCCUGCCACUGCAUGUCCUUCGCCUCAAGCCAGCUCAGGUGACUGUGGCGUGGAACACAUCAAACUAAGCCUGUGGAAUUUGAAACUCUACCCAGCCAAGAGCACAAUGACAGCCUCUCUAGAAGACGCAAUACUUUCACUGUCUUCUUCUAACAGAGCUGAUCACAUCUCUGCAGCAAAAUUUUCUGUUGCUGAUCUCUUGAAAGUAAAAGACGUGAGGAGCAUGCUCAAGUUUAGAAAAGCUUUACAUGAGCAUAUCUCAGAACUACAGUCAGACUAAAUUAAUUGUAAUCUCUUGAGGAGCUUGUGUGUCUAUUUUAAAGACAUGUCAUGAUAAAUCCAGUGUAUUUUAAUUCAACUUCUUAGUCCCAAUAAACAAUUUUAUGCAUAUAAAAAAACAAUAAAUAUUUUAAGCUCCAAUUAUGAUUAGACAAAAUAAAAAUUCAAAUAUUUAGGCACAUGCUUGCAUCAGCAC